AUGGCCGCCGUCCGCUUCGACUACUACAAAGACUCGCUCGGGGCCUGCGAAUCACAUCUCCACGCAGUUUUUGGCCCAAGAUUGCGCCCCCGUCGCCUGCGCGCGCUGGCCCAGGGUAGGGAUCUGAUGCGUGUGCCACAUGUCCCCGCAGCCCUUUCCUGCUUAUAG